UACUUGAAACCAGAAGAAGAAGAGCCAGACAACAACAGCGACAAUAACAACAACAAAUGCCUAGGUUUUUCUCAGAGACUGCUUUAGAUAGCAAGACUAAACAUAUCAUCAGUAUCGUUUUACCCCGAAAUGAUAACUGAAAGCUGGUCACAGCUGAACAAAACGCAACAUUUGAUGUGAAGUAACUUUAUAUGGCGUUAGUUAGCUAGUUAGCUAACUGCGUUUAUAUGUCCAUUUAGAGCUUAAAAGAGUUAUUAUUAUUAUUAAUAAUAUCGACUAGUGUCUUUAGGUUUUUUAAUGCGUACUUCAUCUUUGUCAUAAUUCCUGUGGUUUUCUCCAUUUUGUCACUGGUCAUCCUCCUAUUUUGCUUCCAAUUUUUACAAACAUAGUUAGCGUUAGCUGAUAGCUUUUCCAGUAAAUUGCUUCUCAUACUUCCCAUGUCCAAAAAGAUAGCUAGGUUAGCUGGCUUCCGUUUGGUUAUAUGUGCUUCAAGUGGGAAUUGAAGCUUGAUUUGUUCAAGGAUCCGUUUCUUUGGUUUUAAUGUACUUCGCCAACGAAGUUAAUAAUUUGCCAGCUUAACAUACGAUAUCAUUGGUUUUAUUCGUAUCGCUAAAGAUUCUCCUGUCGGGCCUCGCCAUUUAAGAAGGAAACGUGUAACGUUAAAUAAUACAUUUUAUGUGUCGUUUUGUCUGCUUCGUGCAAGCAGUGAAAACAUGGCUCAGCAGCGAGGCGUCAACAGUCUGCAAUUCAACCAGGACCAGAGUUGUUUCUGUUGUGCCAUGGAGACAGGUGUUCGAAUUUACAAUGUGGAGCCCCUUAUGGAAAAAGGACACUUAGACCAUGAACAGGUUGGUAGCAUUGCUCACUGCUCGAUGCUUCAUCGUUCAAACCUCUUGGCCUUUGUGGGUGGAGGUGUCAACCCAAAGUUCUCAGAAAUAUCUGUUUUAAUCUGGGAUGAUGCUAAAGAGGUGCGAGACACUAAGGAUAAAUUAGUGUUAGAGUUCACAUUCACCAAGCCGGUUCUGGCUGUACGCAUGAGACAUGACAAAAUCAUCAUGGUCUUAAAGAACAGGAUUUAUGUGUACAGUUUUCCAGACAACCCCGUGAAAUUGUUUGAAUUUGAUACUCGAGAUAAUACGAAAGGUCUGUGUGACAUAUCUCCCAGUAUGGAAAAGCAACUGCUAGUUUUCCCUGGACAUAAAUGUGGCAGCUUACAGUUGGUGGACCUUUCAAACACAAAACCUGGUACAUCAUCUGCACCCUUCACCAUCAACGCUCACCAAAGUGAAAUAGCAUGUUUGGCUCUAAACCAGCCUGGUAGUGUGGUAGCAUCUGCCUCUCAGAAGGGUACCUUGAUCCGCCUGUUUGACACCACUACCCGCGACAAGCUUGUGGAGCUUCGAAGAGGAACUGAUCCUGCUACUUUAUACUGCAUCAACUUCAGCCAUGACUCUUCCUUCCUGUGUGCUUCUAGUGACAAAGGCACUGUUCACAUUUUUGCACUCAAAGACACGAAACUGAAUCGACGAUCUGCCUUGGCUCGGGUAGGAAAAGUGGGACCAGUAAUUGGGCAGUACGUGGACAGUCAGUGGUCUCUAGCCAGUUUUACUGUGCCAGCUGAAUGUGCUUGCAUAUGUGCCUUUGGGAAGAACACCUCCAAAAAUGUCAACUCUGUCAUUGCUAUAUGUGUUGAUGGCACAUUCCAUAAAUACGUCUUCACUCCUGAUGGAAACUGUAAUCGUGAAGCUUUUGAUGUGUAUCUUGACAUCUGUGAUGAUGAUGAUUUCUAAGUGUCAACAAGAAAUAAGGUUCAGUACUAUAUACUCAUAGGUUGUGUUUUGAAUGUUGAUGUAUAAUCAAAUCUAUAUAAAACAGUCUGUACAAAGUAAAUAAAAUGCCUGAUAAACCA